CUUAAUUUUAACCUAUGCGUUCUUUGCUUUCAGACAAAAUGGGAAAGGAAAAGAAGAAAAAGAAAGAUAAAGACAGGGAUAGGUCGGAAUCCAGAGAGAGAUCAGGGUCGCAGGAUCGUGACCGAUCGCGAUCAAGGGACAAGAAAAAGAAAAGGAAGGAAAAACAUCGCCAUCAUGAUGCUUCAAGAUCCCGAACGCGCGAGAAGGACCGAUCCCGAUCACGUGACAAAAAAUCCGUCAAGAAAAAGAAAUCUGAGCGGGAGCCUUCUAGAGAUAAGGAAAAGCAGAAGCGAUAUCGAUCAGACUCUCGGGAUCGAUCCAGAUCAAGAGAGAAGAUUCGAAAGGUGGAACGAGAUCGAAGUAGAUCCUGGGAAGGGAGAAGAAAGGAUAAAUAUGAAGAGAAGGAUGGAAGGAAAGAAGAAAGAAGGCGAGAUGAGGAGAAGGAAGAUUACAGGGAAGGGAGAAGGAAGGAUAAAUACGAAGAGAAGGAUGGCUAUAGGAGAGAAGAAAGAAGACGAGAUGACGAGAAGGAUGAUUAUCGGAAAGAGGAAAAAAUGCGAAAUGAGGAGAAGGAUCGACGGAGAAACGAAGAUCUAGAAAGACAACGACGUCGGGACGAAGAUAGGGAACGAGAACGACGCCGUGAUGAAAACCGGGCUCGGCAGCGUGAAGAGGAACGGGAGAAAGAGAGAAGGUUUGCAGAGGAGAAGAGAAGGAAGGAGGAAGAAGAGGAGAAGAAUAGAUGGAAGAUAAUGGAGGAUAAGGUUCUCUCCGAGGACGAGGUAGCGGGAGAAGGGGAGGACUCUCAAGAUCUAGAAAGGAGACGGCGUCUCAAGCAUUCUAAAAAGAGGAAAAGCAGAAAUAAAUACAUUCAGAAUUUUGUUUCCUUCCUAUGGAGGGAAGCCUUAGCUACAGACGAAAAACCUAAGUUUGAGUAUAAAAAAGAUGAAGAUGGAGGCGGAUACAUUGUGAAACUGGAUCUAGGUGGAGAAAUUAUAGAGGUGAAGGGUGAGAGUAAGAGUGAAGCUAAGGAAUCAGCUGCUAAGCAGAUGAUGACACAGAUUGGACCCUUCAUAGAGGACUCAGAGUGGGAGAGAAGUGCUGCUGAGCUUAGAGCAGCUCUUCCAGAACAGUUUAAGGAUUGGGAAGACCCAAUAUUUGAUGCAAGACAUGUUCCGAUGACAAAUAAAGAUGGAGAGCCAUUAAAAGGUGAGAUCGGAACACCUCAGUAUGAGGUUGAAGUUAACUUUGGACCGAUCACAGUGAUCAGUAUAACAGACAACCUGCACACCUCCCUUUCCUCCCUUGUUACACACUUCACAUCCUUUCUGAGGACCAGGGACAUCCCCGCCCUCCUUGAGGAGGUCAGGGACCCAAACCUCAGGGAGAUGGAGGUCAAUAAGGACCUUAACCAACCAUAUGUCCAGAGCCCUGGUCUGGUGGAUGUACGAAUGGAAGGCCCGAAGGGUCAAAAUAAUGACAAACAUUUUCAAAUUCUUCCUGCCGUUGAUGUUUUUGUUAUGCAGGAAAAUCUGGCCAAGGGACGGUUCCCUCCAAACUACGGGUGUCGAGAUAUUUGGAAUUGUAUUAAACUGUUCUACUGUGCUCGCUGUCUAAUUAGGAUGAACGGGACGGAUACUCUAAUGAACCAUGUCCAAGGGAUUAAACACUGGAGAAAGAUUGGGAAAAUAUUCAUUAAUGAACAGCUGAGGGAAACCUUUAAUCCUGUUGCUGAUCCGUAUGUACCCAAACCAGCUGACCAGGAGAGUGAAGAGGAGAAAACGGAAAGGUUGGCCAGCAUACCUAAACUUUGUGCUAACUGUGAAGAGGAGGAUAAGAUUGAACUUGGAACUGGGAGAUGCAAGGAGUGUAACGAGUUUCUUUGUUCACCUUGCCAGGAGGCGCACAGGAAAACUAGGUUGACAAAGACUCAUGAAAUUGAAGAGGAUGUUCCAUUGCCUCCCAUCAAACAUCCUAAACAGGAUGAGGAGAAGGGGUUGAAGGUAGAGAAGGAUAAUGUUAAAUAUCUGAUUGCUGUAUACAGAUCUUGUACUUACAAGCCAAAGAAAGAAGUUAAAGCGUUUGCACCUCCGCCUUUACAGUCCGGAGGCUUCCAGAACAUGUAUGAGGACGGACCUCCGGGAGAAGAGGCAGGAACCCAGGAAGGCGGAGGACAGGAAGGGUGGGACACUACACCGGAGGGAAUGGGACAAAUGGGACUGCCUCUGCAAUCUGGACCUGUCGGAGGAAAAAAUGGACAGUGGAACAACGCAGGAAAUCAAGGUUGGAACAACGGUCAGGGACAAGAGGAGUGGGGACAGGAGCAGCAAGGAUGGGGACAGGAGCAGCAAGGCUGGGAGGGACAAGGAAUGCAUCAAGAUUGGGGUUGUGAUGAAUUUGGAAACCCGAUAGGACCUAUGGGAGGGCCGAUGGGACCAAUGGGAGGACCGAUGGGACCAAUGGGAGGACCGAUGGGAGGACCAAUGGGACAAAUGGGUGGUCCAAUGGGUCAUUGGGGAGGGCCAAUGGGACCAAAUGGUCCGAUGGGAGGUCCUAUGGGACCAAUGGGUCCGAUGGGAGGUCCUAUGGGACCAAUGGGUCCGAUGGGAGGUCCUAUGGGACCAAUGGGUCCGAUGGGAGGUCCUAUGGGAGGACCAAUGGGAGGAUGGGGUACAAGAGGUCGAGGUUGGGGAGGACCACGAGGUGGAUUUGAUCGUGGAGGAUUCCGAGGACAAUUUAAUGGCGGAGGCUGGCGAGGUGGAGGCAUGAGAGGCGGAGACGGAGGCUGGCGAGGCGGUCGAGGCGGAUGGAACAACGGAGGAGGUCCAGGUUUUGAUAAUGGAGGAUUUAGAGGUCGUGGCGGAGGAUUCCGUGGCGGAAUGCAAGAAAGCGGAAUGCGAGGAAGAGGGGGCAGCAGAGGUGAGAUGGGGCGCGGCGGAAUAUGUGUAGGAGGAGGAGGAGGGGAAGUAGGGGCGGAAAAACCAUCUCUUGUCUACAACUCUAAAGGAUAUGGUUACAAUGCUAAUGCUGAUGCUCUCGGAGAAAAGAAAAAGGCUGAGUUGAGAACAGAUUUAUCUAAGAUUGCCGCUGGAGGCGACCUUGCAGUUGAAGAGGCAAAGAAGCCAGAUUUAACAGCUGACUACAAAGAGGAAACAUGUGACGAAGACGGAAAUUUUGCGUACACUGGGAUGUUAGGGAAGAGCGGAUACUCAAAUAAGAACAAUAAAGUGGUUGCAAAGUUUGCUGCACUACCUCCCCCCGGACACCACCUGUGGGACAGUAUUCCAGGAAAUGAGAACAAUUACGACCUCGAUGGUGUUGAGGAUGAACCAAUCAUUACCGGGAUAGAUACAUCUAUUGCUCAUAUAAAGGCGGUCGGACAGAAUUUUAGAGCUGAUAAACGUGGAGUUAAGCCAUGCAUAAUGUGGAAGCGUGGAAUGUGUAAGUUUGGAGAUAGAUGUAUUUAUAAUCACGGAGAAUCACAUGGGAAGAGUAAAUUUCAGGAAGCUGUUGACCUGAAUAUAGCUCCAGAUGAGAAGGAUAAGUUUGGAUACAGGAUCUCAAAACAGAAUGCUGCAGCAGCAGGUCCCAUGGUCCAAAGUUUUGUAGGAGCUGGUGCAAACCUAGAUGAUACAACAGAUUGGUACAAUUCAGAGGAUAAAGCCGUUGACCUUCAUGGAGAUCAGAGUAGCGCGAUAAAGUCAAGUAUCGAAGACUCCCAGAAGAUCGCUGACAUGGUUGAGACAGAUUUCACUAAACAGCCGAGGAAGAAGUCAAGAUGGACCUAACCUUAAGUCAAGGAAUACAGUUAAGAAGGCUUAACAAAAGUCAGGGUUAAGUCUGUAGACUGUACAAUCUUUUAACAAAAUAACUAAAAUUCAGCUGUUUCAAGUAUAAGUGAAAAUAUUAUUGCAUUAGAAAUGAUAUCUGGUGAAUCAGUGAUUUUUAAGGAAAAUUUGAGGGAAAAAUGACAUGUGAUCGGAAGAGACGACACGUGUUGGAAUGAGAUCGCCAACACCUUUAGGACAUCAAAUGAUAAAUUAAGAUUUUUCCGAAGAAUAUUCGGUUUUUUGGGAGAUCUCCCAGCCUUGGGUUCGUCGUUGGACCUUUAAUUGACAGUCUUCGUUCAAUUUGAUUCUUUUUCAGAAAAA